AUGGAAACAAGCAAGGCCAAGUUUGGGGUCGACCAUCCUUCCACGCUGACGAGCAUGGCAAACCUCGCGUCGACAUACAGGAAUCAAGGCCGGUGGGAGGAGGCUGAAAGGCUAAAUGUGGAGAUGAUGGAAACAAGCAAAACCAAGCUCGGGGUCGACCAUCCCCACACGCUGACGAGCAUGAACAACCUCGCGUCGACAUAUAGCAACCAAGGCCGGUGGAAGGAGGCUGAAAGGCUACGAGUGGAGGUGAUAGAAACAAGCAAAAACAAGCUCGGGGUCGACCAUCCCGACACGCUGACGAGCAUGAACAACCUCGCGUCGACAUAUAGCAACCAAGGCCGGUGGAAGGAGGCUGAAAGGCUAGACGUGGAG